AAAUCACAGAAAGCAAGACCAUCGCAUUGGCGCGAGCUCGAGCCAUGCAGGACUACUCGACGACCUUCAACCGCCUCUUUGGCGAGGGAGAGAAGGUGAAGGCUCCUGCCUGGUCAUCUCCGCGCCUCUUUUGGGAGGGGAACCGCACAUCCCAGUCGCCACAGGGCAGGGGCAGGGUCAGGGCCACAAGCCAGGAUGCACGCUGGAAUCCCACCACGGCCAUCACGAAGACGACUCACCAGGAUCUGGCCGUGGCGCGGCGCGCGAGCCCGCGGCCUUUGAAGCGCUUGCUGGGCCUCCGCGGUGCCGGCAUGGACUCGCUGGACGUCUGGCAUAAAGAUCAGCGGGACGCGCGCGCGGACCACCAAGCAGCCAGGAACUCCUCCACGAUCUGGUGCGAUGCGCCAGGCGACACCAAGUCAUCGCCGCGGCGCUCACCGGAACGGAACCAGUCCAACAUCUUGCGGUGGGAAUUGGUUGAGCACAAGAUCCGGCAGGACGUGAAGUCCCCGCGGGUGCGGAACCAGGAGAACAACGUCUCGGUCUUCUCCGAAAAGGCUCCUGCAAGAGCGAGCUCCCCGAAGCCGCCGAUCCCCGCCCUGCUGGAAAGCACCGAAGCUGGCCCCACCCUGUUGGCGGGAGGCUCCAAGGGGACCUUGGCGCCCAGUGCGUUAGGCUUGCGGCGCGAGUCCAUGAGCCCCGCCUUAGACACAUUGGAGGCGAGUUGGGCGGACUGCGCCGGCUACCGCGCGCGGGAGGCGAUCGCCAACAGGAACAAAGCGAGCCGCGGGCUGCGCUGGAACUGAGCUAAUUCACCCCGCAGGGUGUUGCAGGUGGGUUUUUUGAUGGGGCAGGUCAUUAUGUUUCUCAGAUGCGUGGGACAACCAUGACGUUGAACGGGAGUGAACGGUUGGUGAAAUCCAACCGGUUCUGUGCAGAGGUGAAUCCAACCCACAGGAUCACUUGCGUCAAUUCGUCAGCCCUUGUGAACCCUUGGAAUUGGGAAAUUGAAAGUUUCCCUGCAUGUGGCGCGCACCCGUGCCCACCCAAUUUGGAACAAGCCCCAGAUCCCCAGAUUCAUGAAGUGCAUGAACUUUGCCAUGCACCGUUGGUCAUUUGGGGUGUUCUGAAUGCCGAUUGCUGCCCGCAUUGCGAAGUGCAUCCAAAGAAGACGAAUCCGUGUCCUGAAACCUUGCGCAUGCCC